AUGUUAACUGAAGUAUCUCCUCUUCUUUUCGUAGCACUUUUCAUACCAUUCGCCAUGACUUUGGGUAGAAAUGCUAAAAUGCUUAAUCAUACAAUGCGCAACCUAGUGUCAUCAUUGAUUGAGUAUGAAUCUGUGACGACAACUAUGGCCAAAGCCAAGAUAGCACAAGGAAUUAUUGAAGACCUGAUAGUGAAAACGAAGAAAUCGACGUUGGCGAAAAACGAACUAAAAUCCAAGCUUUACGGAGAGUUGUACAAUCAAGAGAAAACGGUGCCCAAAUUGAUGAAUGAAAUUAGCGAACGAUAUAAAGAGAGAAACGGAGGUUUCACCAGAAUUUUGAAGUUGGAACCCCGUAUUGGUGAUAAUGCUCCUCAAGCACUGUUGGAAUUGGUCGAUAACGGAAUUAGAGAGAUGAGAUUUUGGUAUAUUGCAAAGACUGUUGCUAGAUUGGAACUUCAAGGUCAGCCCCUGGACAACUUGACCCAAAAGAACGUCAAAGACCUACUGCUAUAUAGAAAGAAUGGAGAAGAAGAGUUUAGAAAGACGGUAGAAAUUUGCAAGAACGAAUUCUUCCAGGAUGAUGAAGAUCUCAAGAAUUUACCAAGAAUGAAGAAUGAUACCAAUGGAUUCCACAGAGCAUUCCAUAACUACGAGGUAGUGCCAAGAGAGUAG